AUCCAAAAAGGUGGUAAGAGGGGAGAGAGCCGGUUCUUUUCCUUUCUUCUUUGUUAUUCAACUAUUUAUUCCCCCUGUUUCAUGGCCGUAAGGCCUUUGCGUUUAAUUUCUCAACAUCGACCAUUUUCUCUCUCCGUCUGGGCACUUAUAUUUUCUUCUUCGCCUUCUCCGGUAGUACUAGGAAGAGAAAUCACAGCGCCACGUCUUCUAUGUUGCCGUAGGAUCUUCUGCGGGGCCCCACUCACCCAUCCCCAGCAACAAUAUCCAUCGUAUCACCACCGUCUAUCGGCUAUACCGGAAAACCUGGCGCAGAAGAUCGGGAAAUCCAUCCGUAGGCCUGGCGCCAGCUCCAAGGCUAGGGUUUAUGCCGACGUUAAUGUCCUCCGGCCCAAGGAAUAUUGGGACUAUGAGUCCCUCACCGUCCAAUGGGGGGACCAGGAUGAUUAUGAGGUGGUGAGAAAGGUGGGAAGAGGGAAAUACAGCGAAGUAUUCGAGGGUGUUCAUUGUACCAACAACGAACGCUGUAUUAUAAAAAUUCUCAAACCCGUGAAGAAGAAGAAGAUCAAGAGGGAAAUAAAGAUACUGCAGAACCUUUGUGGUGGGCCAAAUAUUGUGAAAUUGUUGGAUAUUGUCAGAGAUCAACAGUCUAAGACACCUAGCCUAAUUUUUGAAUACGUGAACAAUACCGAUUUUAAAGUGCUUUAUCCAACUCUAUCAGAUUAUGACACUCGAUACUACAUCUACGAAUUGUUAAAGGCAUUAGACUAUUGUCACUCUCAAGGUAUUAUGCACAGAGAUGUGAAGCCCCAUAAUGUCAUGAUUGAUCAUGAGCAGCGUAAACUUCGCCUUAUAGAUUGGGGACUUGCAGAAUUCUAUCAUCCAGGGAAAGAGUACAAUGUACGUGUUGCUUCAAGGUAUUUUAAAGGCCCAGAACUCCUUGUCGAUUUGCAAGACUAUGAUUACUCUUUGGACUUGUGGAGCCUUGGUUGUAUGUUUGCUGGAAUGAUAUUCCGCAAGGAGCCAUUUUUCUAUGGGCAUGAUAAUUAUGACCAACUGGUUAAAAUAGCUAAGGUACUUGGGACAGAUGAAUUGAAUGCUUAUUUGGGAAAAUACCGUCUGCAGCUGGACCCACACCUUGAGGCCCUUGUUGGGAGGCAUAGUCGGAAGCCAUGGGCGAAGUUCAUUAAUGCUGAUAAUCAACAUUUGGCAGUGCCUGAGGCAAUUGACUUUGUUGACAAGUUGUUGCGAUAUGAUCAUCAAGAGAGGCCAACUGCAAAAGAAGCAAUGGCCCAUCCAUAUUUUUAUCCUGUGAGAAGUGCAGAAAGCAGCAGGACUCGUACCCAAUAGCCUGAGCUCCAGAGGCCGAUAAAAAAACGAUGUGUUGUGCCUUGUGGUCUUCUGUAAUUGAUUUGUAAUUUUCUAUUUAUAUUGGUGUGCUUUUUACUCAUUUGCUUUUCCUUAAACCUUCCCUGCCCUCUCGAUCUUUGGGUCAGGAAUGCCAUUUAACUUAUAUAACUUCCCACAAAAUUUGAACACUUGUUCAAUUCUCCCCAACUAUAACUUGGUAGUUGGACGGUUCGUUCCUGCUAGUGCUAAUGUGCUAUUGCUUGUUUUCGAUUUUUCGUUAGGCCCCAAAAUUGAAAUCCCUGGCCAUAUGGUAUUGUUGAACCUGAUUUCAGAUAAAUCUUUGUAAUCCCUUGUUUUUUUU